AUGGCGGCUACCCAAGAGGAUGCAAGGCAGGUGGAGUCGCUGGGGAAAGGAGAUACCCUCAAGAAACCGUCUGCUAUACGCAAGAAGGCGCCUCCGAAGCUUGCCAAGCUAGAUAAGAAGGAAAAGGUGGAUAAGCCUACCUUAGAUGAGAAACCAGAGAAAAAAGUGGAGACUGAAAACGUGGGAGAUGUUGGUGCUGGUAAAACGCCUGAAGCGGGGCUAGAAGAACAAGUUGGGAAGGUUGAGGACAAAGCAGGAGAGGCAGGUGAAGAAGCAGAAGAAGAACUGGAAAAUGAGGACAUGGAGAAUGAGGAGGAGGUGGAGGAAGAGCUGGAGCAGCAACGUGGGCCUGUCGAACAAAGAGAAGCCAUGCCAUCAGACACUGCGGCAGGUUCUUCGUCCACCGCUGGGCUAGCGGACAAGGGCAAGGGAGCAGCCGUGCAACUGGGCCGGAUCGGGGAAGGCACUGAAUCCAUGAAGGAUCAGGUCCCCACUGAAAUGCCAGAUCAAGUGCAAGAAAAGGCUGGAGAAGGCGUACAAGAGCCUACCGAAGGAGUGGUUGAGCCUGAGAAAGAAACUGAUCUCGGAAAUGGCAUACCAGAACCACCAGAUAUAUCGGAAGUGAAGGAAGCUGCAGUGAGCCUUGGAGACCUGAAAGGCCUCUCUGUUGGUGAAGGCGGAAAUAUUGUCAAUGCAGAGGGGAAAACAAUCGGAAAGGUUGUUGAGGGGGAUCCGGAUGACCUUGUUGGUCAGGUUGUUGAUGCCGAUGGAGAGAUCCUGGACGAAGACGGCGACUUGAUCGGUCGGGUUGAUGUCGUGACUGAGAAAGUCGAUGAACUGCCACAGGCCGAUGAACUUCCCGAGGCCGAUGAAGUGGCAGAACUGCCGCAAUUGCCGGAUAUAUCGACUCUCGAAGGCCUAAAAUGCACGAAGUUCGGUAGUAUCUUGGAUACUCAGGGUAACCUAGUUGGGGAGUUGGUUGAAGGCGAUGCAAAAAGGAUCUUUCGAGGAGGCUUUGAGCUUGACGAUAAGGGCCAGUUCUGGGACCACCGCGGUAAUGUCAUUGGCAAGGUACAGCCUGUUCUACCAGAGGCGGAAGAAACCAGCAUCUUUGAAGGAAUGAAAAAUCUGUAUGUUGACAAGGAGGGAUGGGUGCUAGAUGACAACGGUCAACGCGUUGGACAGGUAGUUGAAGGGGAUGUUAAAAAGCUCGCAGGCCGCGCGGUUGACGAGGACGGCGACAUUCUCGAUCGUCAUGGAAACCUGCUCGGUCACGCAGAACCCUGGCAGGAGCCAGAAGAAGUUGCGGACGAGGUAACGGAGGAGAAGCCGGAUCUCAGUUGUCUGGCAGGGCUUAAGCCCACCAAGCUUGGCCUCGUGAUUGGGCCGGACCAAGUGCCUCUGGGCAGAGUCGUUGAGGGCGAUCCCAAACAACUUGCCGGCCGAACCAUUGCGCCGGAUGGUCUCAUUUGGGGCGACAACGGGGAGGUCAUUGGGCAGGUGGACCUGAUCCCCGAGAACGAGCGAAAAGAUCUCAGCCGGCCAUUCCAGGGAUGCACGGACCUGAUGGUGAAUGGAUCUGGCUGGGUGGAGGAUGCCGACGGGAACAUCCUGGGUCGUGUAAUCGAAGGGGAUCCCCAGAAGCUCCAGGGAUAUGAUGUCGAUGAGGAUGGAGAAAUUGUGGACCAGCAUGGGACUGUCUUGGGGCGAGCUGCACCAUGUGAACCCCCUGCCGAGGAGGUGGAGGUACCCGAUCUGUCUGCAUUAGCUGGCAAAGUGGUAAACAAGAUGGGCAAUGUCGUGGAUACGAACGGAAUGGUAUUUGGACGGUUGGUGACAGGUAACCCUCGAAAGUUGGCGGGCAAAUCCGUGGAUGAGCAGGGUCAGGUCUGGGAUGCUGCGGGUCACGUUGUCGGCCAAGCCGAACUCAUUCCUGAUGCCGAGCGGGAGCGGCCAGAGGGACCAUUCAGCGGCCUAGAUGGCUUGACGGUGAAUAAAGAGGGUCAGGUUGUCGACCCGAACGGCACACCGGUUGGUCGUCUAGUCGAGGGAGACCCUAAACGCCUUGCUGGGCGCGCCGUGGACGAUGAUGGAGAGGUCCUUGACUCGGCUGGGAAUUGCAUUGGCCGGGCUGAGCCGUGGUCUGCUCCAGAGGAACCGCCUAGCCCCAUGGCUGGCCGUAAGGUUAACCGGGAGGGAGAGGUCCGCGAUGAAGAUGGCAAUCUCAUUGGCAAGCUCACUCAGGGAGAACUGUCGAACCUCAUCGGCCGAACGAUUGACAAGGAUGGCUAUGUUGUGGACAGUGCCGGCAAUAGGAUCGGGGAAUGUACCUUGCUGGAGAAUAUACCCCCAGAGCCAGAGCCCGAGGAACCGGAAAUGUCCCCCGAAGAGCGCGAGCAGCUGGCUCGACAGGAAGAGGAGAAUGAGCUGGCCAAAAAGAUGUGCUCAAUUGUUCAGCAAGCUCUGGACUCCUUGGAACCCAUGUGUCGAAUGAUCACUCAGCAUAUCGAAAAGGCCAAUAGUACACCCAAGGAUGAGUUGGAUGAAGAAGCACUGGUCAAGGAGGUAAAACCGUUGAUCGAAGAGGCUGGCACCAUUCUGCAGGAGUGCAAAGGAGCCCUGCGAGCGUUGGAUCCGGAUGGCCACAUUGCUGCCAACGCCAAAGCCCGCAGUGCCUCCCAAGAAGCCACUCCACAGGAGCAUCAUCUGGCGGAAUUACUGAAAGACUUGACACAGCUAGUGACGGAGACGAUCGAACGGGGUAAGAGUAUGAUUGCUGACAUGCCCCAUGCGAAGAAAGAGAUCAACCCGCUCUGGGCGCUAUUGUCCGAGCCGUUGUUCCAGAUCAUCGCGGCCGUCGGUCUCUUGCUCAGUGGAGUUCUGGGUCUUGUGAGUAAUCUUCUGAAUGGUCUGGGUCUGGGAGGCCUUCUUCAAGGGUUGCUCGGUGGCUUGGGCGUGGACAAGCUCCUGGAGGGUCUGGGACUGGGCACCAUCACUCAGGGGAUCGGGCUGGGUGGAAAGAAAUAG